UCGAUAUUCUUAUCAAUCCUGAACACUAUAAAUCUUAACUUGGCUCGACUCGUUUAUAGUCAUACAAAGAAUACCACUAAAAGAACCUUCCUUAAGUGAAGGCCAUUACAAUGAUUUGGCCGGCCCAUUAACCAUUGCGAUUAACGGCCCAUGAUGCGCCUUUCAAAAACCCUUCUCCUUCCCCGAAGGCUUCCUGCAACUGACGCCGGUACGGUGAAGUUACCCCCCUUUUUUCUUCAGCUGCUUUAAGUUACCUCGGCGGUUCUUUUUUCUUCUAUCUUCCGCUCCCGGCCGUUGCUGUGCCGCUAUCAUGGCGGAGGACGAUGCCAUUGCUCACCGGCUGCUUUUCCUGCUCAUGCUUUUCGUGCUGUCGACGGCCCCGGUGGUGUGCCGUCACCAUUCGCGGCGGAGCACCGGAUCUCCUGGAACCACCACUCUCGACGUCUCCGCCGGCCUCGCCCAAGCGCUCCGCGCCGUCUCGUUCGUUCCCACCGCCCAUUUGUCAACGCAUAACCUCUCCGCGGCGGGGGAGGCUAUCUCAAUCUCACUCCACUCCCGCGAUUUUCUCCCUUCCUCCGGUGGCCACCGCCAUGCCGACUACAGAGAACUCACACUCGCUCGCCUCCGCCGAGACGCCGCCCGUGUCCGUGCCAUCACCGCCCGCGCGGCCCUCGCGGUUGGCGGCGUCGCGGCCGCCGAUCUGAAGCCAGUGGCGGAAGAGAAGUUUCUGCAGAGCACCGCGGCGGAGACGAUCGAGGGACCUGUCGUUUCCGGAACUAGCCUAGGCAGCGGCGAGUACUUCUCUCGGGUGAGCGUCGGCAGUCCGGCGAGACCGCUGUACAUGGUACUCGACACUGGGAGCGAUGUGAGUUGGAUCCAGUGCCUCCCCUGCGAGGACUGCUACCAGCAGUCCGACCCCGUGUACGACGCCUCCGCCUCCUCCUCCUCCGCCCCUAUUUCCUGCGAUUCCUCCCAGUGCCGCGCCCUCGAAGUCUCCGCCUGCCGGAAUUCCACUCCCACCGGCGAUGGGAGUUGUCUUUACCAGGUCAGUUACGGAGACGGAUCGUAUACGGUGGGGGAAUUCAUCACCGAGACGCUGACUCUAGGGGGUUCGGAGCCGGUUUCCGGCGUCGCCGUCGGCUGCGGCCAUGACAAUGAGGGCCUCUUUGUCGGCGCGGCCGGGCUGCUCGCCCUGGGCGGCGGGCCACUUUCCUUCCCCUCCCAGAUCUCGGCUCGCUCCUUCUCCUAUUGCCUAGUGGACCGCGACUCCCCAGGCUCCUCCACCCUCGACCUCAGCACCGACGCCGCGUCUCCCUCCAGCGGCGCGUCCGCCGUGACCGCGCCGCUUAUCCGCAACCGCCAGCUCGAGACCUACUACUACGUCGGCCUGAGCGGGAUCAGCGUCGGCGGGCAGAUGCUCUCCAUCUCGCCGUCCACCUUCGCGGUGGACGACCGCGGCGCCGGCGGAGUGAUCAUCGACUCCGGCACAGCCAUCACCCGGCUGCCGAGCUCCGCCUACGAGUCUCUGCGGGAAGCAUUCCGCGCCGGAACCUCCUCGCUCCCGCCCGCAUCCGCCUUCUCGCUGUUCGACACCUGCUUCGACCUCUCCUCCCGGACGAGCGUGCAGGUCCCGACGGUGGGCUUCCACUUCCCUGGCAACCGGGAGCUCUCGCUGCCGGCGAAAAACUACCUAAUCCCGGUCGACGGCACCGGCACCUACUGCCUAGCCUUCGCGCCGACCUCCGCGCCGCUGUCCAUCAUCGGCAACGUGCAGCAGCAGGGGACACGUGUCGGUUUCGAUCUCAACAACUACUCGGUGGGCUUCACCGCUAACAAAUGCUGACACCGAAGACCGAAGGCCUGGCGCCCACUCGGUGAAGCAGCACGAAACGAGGGCAAAGACGGUAAGUAAAAAAAAAAUGCAAUUAUUAAUAUUUUGCAAUUAGAUUUUAUUAAUUAAAUGCACGUAGUUUGUGUGUAUCGGAAUGCCUGGACGGUGGUUUGGCUGUUGCAUAUUAAUAUUGGCCGGUGAAAGAAUUAAUCGCGGGGCGAGGGUUUGGUGGGGAGUUUAAUGUAGGCAUUUAAUGGAUCUGCUGUAGCUCUUUUAACUGGGCGCAGCGUUUGCAGCCAAUGGACUUAAAUUAAUUAUAGGCUAUUUAAUUUAGGAGUUUGUAAAUUAAAUAGAAUGGAAAGUGAAAAACGUAGUUGUGGGGAUGGCUGUUGAUGAUUGUUCUUGGUCGUUGGGGGCCCACUCACAUGGAUAAACAGACUGUGUGGAUCAUGUCGUGGCCCGUGACCACUUUGAUUUCUUUGUCGAAAUCUUUGCUUUGCUCUGUAUAAA